AUGUAUGUAAUGGUCCGAGGUAUUAUACCAUUCCUCGCUCUUCUUUGCGUCGUCCUUGCCAAUCCGCAGCCCAGGUCAUAUGAAACCCGAGAAUACUUUGCUCUCCAGGUUGAUGGCCGCACUGAUCCCCAUGAGGUCGCAAACAUACUCGGCGCGGAGUACGGAGGACCCAUCGGGGAGCUCCCUGAUCACCACGCCUUUUCUUUUCCCAAGGAAAACGGGUCACGCAUUGACAGCUUGAUGUGGGCUGAACGGAAUCACAGUCAACGAGAUGAACGCGUGCAUGGACUGCGGGAUAUGAUCCUUUGGGCAGAUAGGCUUACUGUCCCCGAACUGGCAAAAAGGCGAGUUCCGACAGGGUUACCUGUGGAUUCUUUCUGGCAGGGCCAGCCGCAUCCGGAGGCAGUCCGCGCACAGCAAAAAAUUGCAGAGUCGCUCAACAUAAAAGAUCCCAUGUUCCGUGAACAAUGGCAUCUUUUUAACGCCGUGCAACUGGGAAAUGACCUCAAUGUGACCGGUGUCUGGCUUGAGGGCAUCACUGGGGAGAAUGCCACCACGGCUAUUGUUGAUGACGGCUUAGAUAUGGACAGUCUCGAUCUACAACAGAACUACUACGCAGGAGGGUCCUUUGAUUUCAACGAUGACGGAGCAGAACCAAGGCCGCGCCUGCCAGACGACCAUCACGGUACUCGAUGUGCCGGGGAAAUAGCGGCAGCCAGGAACGAUAUUUGCGGGAUUGGAGUGGCAUACAAUAGCAGAGUAUCGGGAAUCCGCUUGCUGUCGGGAAAAGUUGACGAUAUCCAUCAGGCCGCGGCCAUCAACUAUGACUACCAACAUAAUGACAUCUACUCUUGCUCAUGGGGCCCACCAGAUGACGGCAUGCAUAUGGAAGCUCCAGCUGUGCUAGUUCAACGAGCAAUAGUGAAUGGGGUACAAAAUGGCCGUGCCGGGAAAGGCUCUAUCUUUGUCUUCUCCGCUGGAAAUGGCGCCUCUCAGGACGAUAACUGUAAUUUUGAUGGAUACGCUAAUAGUAUAUACAGCAUUACCGUCGGGGCGAUCGACAGGAUGGGCAAGCACCCCCCUUACUCAGAAUCUUGUUCAGCCUUGCUGGUGUCUGCCUUUAGUAGUGGCUCUGGCGAAGGUAUAUACACUACCGACAACGGCGUCGACACGUGCUUCAGCCUUCAUAGUGGCACAUCCGCUGCUGGCCCACUUGUGGCAGGGGUGGUCGCUUUGGCUUUAAGCGCUCGACCAGACCUCACCUGGCGGGACGUCCAGUACCUCCUCAUUGAGACCGCGAUCCCCGUUCAUGUACAGGAUGGUAGCUGGCAAACCACAUCAAGCGGCCGAAUGUUUAGCCAUGACUGGGGUUAUGGGAAGGUCGACGCAUACAGUCUGGUCCAGAAGGCUCGUACUUGGAAUUUGGUGAAGCGGCAGGCAUGGUAUCAUUCUCCCUGGUUAGCAGUGCAUGCAGCGAUUCCUGAAGGCCAUAAUGGGGUGUCACACUCCUUUAAUGUGACCUCUGAUAUCAUUCAGACGGCCAACAUUGCAAGGCUAGAGCAUGUUACUGUCACGAUUAAUAUAGACCAUAUAAGCCGCGGAGAUAUCAGCGUCACCCUUAUUAGCCCCGAGGGGACAAUAAGCUAUUUGAGCACGCCAAGGGUACCUGACCGCAAACGCGCGGGCUAUGUCAACUGGGAGUUCACGUCUGUGGCACAUUGGGGCGAAACAGGGAUUGGCAUAUGGACAAUCAUUGUCCAAGAUAUAAAUGUGAACAACCGGACGGGGGCUUUCAUUAACUGGCGCCUGAACCUCUGGGGUGAGGCCAUCGAUGAUAGCCACCAACCGCUACAUCCUCUUCCGGGUGGCUACGAAGAGAAAGCUCCAGACAAUCCCAGUGUCACCGAAACCGUUGUAAUGCCUUCUCCAGCCUUGGAGCACCAAUCUUUCACCUCUACUGCUCACCCAAUGGACGGACAAAUACUUCAUGAGGCUGGAUCGAGUUCCGCAUCUGCCGGAAUUGGAACGAUUACCAGACACUCUUCUAGCUCUCAGUUAUACUACAAUAAUCCCCGUUUCGCGUUAAUAACCGCGAUGCUGACGGCUAUUAUAUUUCUCGUCAUUGUUGGGCUCUACCUUUGCUUUCGUCUGGUACCGGUCUCUCCGAGGAACCUGGACAUGCAGCUGGAGAUGCGGAACAGUGGCAAUUGUCGGGACUUGUUACAGGCGCAUGAGAGCGAAAUGUACAGCAGCGACCUCGAAGGCGCAGAGGCUGGAUCGUUUGACCUUCGGACAGGUUGA